UAGGAGGGGCAGAAUAUGUCCGCUGAAGACAAGCAAGGACGAAGAUGUGGCUUGACGUGCACUGACCUCACGUCGCCAUCGACACCAAAGCGCUCUCCAAGUUCGAUCACUGGGCAGCACAGAUUGCAAAAAGCUGCUAGAAUUGUGCAGAUGUGGUGGCGAAGAUAUCGUGCGAUCGGUAAAAUAGCUGUUUACCUAACCACGCAAGCCUCUCAAUUAAGACAGGCUAAUGAGGUAUUGAUGCUGAAAUCAAGUACCGGAUUUGAGGACGUCCUUAGCAAGAUCAGAGACAAAAAUAUUAUAGCGAGCAUCGCAUGUCUCUUGAAUGCCGUGUCAAUCCAGGGGCCUGACAAAAAGAGGGGCUCCCCUGGGAUGGAAGACUCACAACAGUUCUUCCAUCGGGUUCAGGAGCAGCAGGCGCGCAAAAUUUUGACCGCAGUUAUGAUCAAAUUGCAUCCUGGAGAUGUCAUAACGACAGAUCCAUAUACGUGCAGCAAAGACCAUGGUGAAGAAAUGGGUAUGGCGGAGUUGGAAGCCCAACUCGUAUGCAUUGCCGCAAAUCUGGUUUUGGAUUCAGCGAGCUGCCUCAUAAACAUGCUGGGUGACCUGGAGACAGGUUACACACCAUUUCGACGCAAAGCAGGAGCUUUGGGCCUACUUCGUCUCCGACUCAACACUCUCAACUUUGCACGUACAUUUAUGAACGCAUCCUUGACCACGCUGCAAAAUCGCCAGGCGCGCAGUAUUUCUUUAUCUUUUUUGACCUCGUAUGUGGAAGCAUACCGGAAUUUUAAAGAUGCACAGCGCGUUGGAGAGGAAGGGCUUAUUGAAGCAGCACGGCAUAGCCUACAUAAGGUUCAUGUGGGCAUAUGCCAAGUGCUGGGGCGAGAGCUUGCGGAGAAACACUGCCGAAGCGUAGAAGAGGGCAUGGACACGGGACGAAAGAAUGUUGUGCUGAUGCCUUGGGGCAUGACUGUAGCAUUGCCGCCUAUGAGAAUGUCGAGCCUUUCUAAGGCUCAAAUACCCUCCUCUUCUAAUGAUUUGGCUAUGGUAGGAUUGAAAAGUACCAGUGGAAACAGCUAUGACAUUUCUCCAGGCCUGGGCCCGGAAAAAAGAAAAAGUUCUACCUUGCCUCCGAGAUCUGAAGGUGGUAAUGAAAAUAUCAGCACCGCCAGGAGGCUGAUGGCCACCACAAAUUCCGACGCGAAGGCUGUGGAAAAUCCCCCCAGCGCUAUUACGCAACCUACGACGGCCGCAAAAUUUGAGGCUGAAACAGAGGACGGAGAAACUUCGAUCGACACUCAGCCCUCAUCCACAAUGCUGCUGAAUGAAAAACUGGCCCAUGAAAUCAUACUUAACCCAACAUUUUCAAUCAGCGAGGAGAAAGCGUCAAUGUCCGCAGUCAGAGGAGAAUUUGGGAAUGAAGACCUCGGACACAUACGCGACACUAUGGAGGAGAUCUUUUGGGAUCGCUUGGUAGAAGCCAUGACACCUCCCCUGCAAGAAGGCCCAAGCGAUUUUACAAGCGGUUCGAUAGCGCAGAUCCGCUUUGGAAGCGGACAGGGCUCACUUUUUGCAUGCAAAGUUGAAGCAGUAAAUGAAGAUGAAACCGUCGACAUAGAGUAUUUGGUUGAUGGCGUCAAAGAACGACGGCCGAUCCAUCAAUUUCGUUUGAAAGACGAUCCAUUGGAAUACGAGCCAUUCCUGGCACUUGUAGAUGAAGUGCGGGAGAAACUGACGAGUUUGACACCUCGACGUAUCGACCUGGCGGAGGAGCUGCGAGCCCACUUAGACAAAAAACUCUUGAGCCAAAUGGCUCUUCAAGGUCUCCUGGAUGCACCCGCGAUCUACAAGUUGUUAAAGUACAUAUUUGAUCAUCUCAUGGCGCUUCAGGCUCCUGUUAGGGUUGCAGAGACGAUGUCUUGGAUUUCGGGCUUUGAGAAGGAAGUACAUGCAUCCAUGUCUGCAUCGCAGCAUGCCAAGUAUAUCCCGUCGGCCUUCGUUGCGUUGCUCCCUCGCGUGUUUCGAGGUAUUUUUGCACGUAUAGAUGAGACACAACGGGACAUUGCUGACGCUCACAUACAAAUGCUUCGACCUUAUCUGGUUCAACAUGGCGUUGAAUACGAACGAGAAAAAUUUGCCGCGCGUUUUCUAACCGGUCAAUGGAGGCUUUUAAAUACUGAAGCAUGGCUCAAAAAGGUAUUAGCAAGUCCAGAAAACGCGUCGCACUUAUCUUCAAUCGCUCAAGGCGAUGCAAUGGCUCAUCGCAACUUAUUGUCUAGAGCAAUGAAAUGUCUCUUGCAACAACCAGUACGCAUUGAAAUCUGUAGUAACCUUCCCGAGACGCUACGCUAUGACGGAUUACGUAUGACAAAAUUUCGGGACGAGCAGGAUAGAAUCACGCUUGUUGCGGUCUAUUCUUCUUUAUUGCGUCAGUUUUUAAGUGUACAAUGUCCCUCAUUGAAUUCUCAUCAAUCCGAAUGUAUGGGAUCCACCAUUCUUGCACUGGAGACCAGGUUGUACGUUCUUUUACAAGGAGUCGGAAAUACCGUUCUGCUUUCUUGUUUAAUGGAGGAGGUGCUUGAAUGUGCGAGACAGAUCUGCAAAAAAGAGGAAGCAGUCUUCAGCGGGGCUCAAGCCUCCAUUUUGCAAGGAAUGCUUCACAAUGCUGCAAAACCAAAAAGUCCUUUGUUUGACUUGGUUUCAGAGCGCAUAUCCGCGGUCACAAAUCUAUAUAUGUGCGGGGAAGCCCAAAAUGCUCAUAAGGCCAUGACUUGUUUUGGUCUUGCAUCAUUUCAAUCAAAGUUGGAGGUCACAGGUUAUGGCUUGCAUCGUUUAUUCAUGCAUAAUCUAGCCGUACACGGUGAUGUAUAUUCUAAAAUUCUUCGCGACGAAGCUUCAAUUUUAUUAUGCGAAAAAGAUCAUGGAAACUCCAGCCUGAUGUGACAUUCCUGUAUUCCAUUGUGCAAUCACGAUCAUUUCGACGUGAAACUUCAAAUGUACAUCCCACUUUUCUAGAAAUUGUCAUGAAGUUUUCGUAUUUAAGAAACAUUUUUUCCUCUCCUGUUUUAGGCAGUUUGACACGUUUCAUACAUGAAAGAAACCUCUAGAGCAGAUACCUUCGAAAAUUCUGCUCCCGUGCCGGAUGUAAUCUCGAAGAAUCCAAUGAAAGCAACGGGACGCAUUUCUAUUUCUUCUCUACUAAUAGAACAAAUACAACAGGAAGUCAGGAUUGGGCUUUUAAAGAUGUUUAAAGUAUUUUCCGGCCUUUUCAUGAUUGAACACCAUACCAUGGAUACAUGAGAAUAAAUUCGGAAGUGCGAAAUAUACCUGCCAAAAUCAUCUACAAAG